GCGGCGGUGGUGUUGCUGGUGUUGGUGGAGGAGGAACGGUCGGCAACGAGACGCUCGAUCCAUCGAGAUCCAUCAAAAUCCAGGAAGAGGACGACGAGGAUAUCACCGAGAGGGAGGACGACGAGGAGGACGAGGAUCCUUGUAGCUCGCCCGAACCUGACCUCGACAACGAACCGGAACCCAUGGAGGUUCAAUCCUCGGCCGUCACGGCGGCCGCUAACCUUCACGUCUUGCGACAACACGUCUUCAAGAUGUCCGACUAUUGGCAACAGCCGCAACGGGGCCCGCCUCAGCAUUCGCCGGGGAUACAGCACAGCCCUAUCUCCAAUUCGACUCAACAACAACAGCACCAACAACAAGUGCAACAGAUGCACAGUCCUCUCGGCCAACAGCAGCAGCAACAGCAGCAGCAACACCAGCAGCAACAGACGAACGUCUCGCAGGUGCAACAGACUGGCAACUCGGGAUUAGGACAGACCGCCAGUCCGCAACAGCAGAUGCAACAACAACAGCACGCCAUGUCCAUGAACCAACAAACGGCUCAAGGAGGCCAGCAUCAAUCGUCCCCGGCGCCGACGACGCCGUCGCCACAGGCUGACCACCAAGGUGCCAUCGCGUCCAGCAUGGCCCAAAGUCUUCACAGCCUGGCGGCGCAGGCACAACAGACCAUGUCGCAGGCCUCGAGUCCGUCGCUGGCCGUUCAGGCGGUCCAGGCCGCUCAAGCGGCCCAGGCGCUCAACCAAAACUUGGGACAGGCGUUGACUCAAGCCUUGACGCAGAACAUGCAACAGAACCUGGGCCAAACAUUACAGCACAAUCUCGCGCAGAACCUCACGCCGAGUUUGUCGCCGCAGCAACAACAACAGCUGCUCAAUCAACCGCAAAACCUUAGCCAGACCAGCCAGAACCUGCAACAGAACAUCCAGAGUCAGGCGCAGAACCUGUCGCAAACGCUGCAACAACAAGCGCAGAAUUUGACACAGAACCUUGGCCAAAGCCUGAGCCAACAGGCGCUGCAGCAACAAGCGGCCCAAAAUCUCACGCAAAAUUUGCAGCAGCAGGCUCAAAAUCUCACCCAAAACCUGCAACAACAGGCGCUGAACAUGUCCGGCAGCAUCGCUCAAAACGGUGCCCUCGCCGGGAUGAAGAUGUCGACCAAUCAACAACAAAACUCCCAGAACUCGAUGCUCAGUCCCGGUGCUACCAGCCAGGACUCCCACGACAUCAGCCUGACGGAGAAGCUCGUCAACGAGUUACAGUCUCGUGCCUCUGCGGCGGGACUUGGAGGUGCAGGAGGCGCCGGCGGAGGCGCAGGAAUGGGCAACCUCACCUUCGAGGAGUGCUGGUCCGUCGUGCAAGGAGUCUUCUCGCAGAUCCUCAUGCACAAGAGCGCGAUGCAGAUGCACGCGAGGGAGCUCGGCGCAGCGGGUGCACUGACGGCGAGAGCUGGCGGCGGGAUGGCGGGCGGAUUGGCAGCGCUUGCACCGAUCGGCGUCGGGCCAGGCGGUAUGAUCGCCGGCAACGAGGUAAAGCCACACCAGUGCCAGCAAUGCCUCAAGUCAUUCUCCAGCAACCACCAGCUCGUGCAGCACAUCAGGGUCCACACCGGCGAGAAACCGUACAAAUGCAGCUAUUGCGACCGCAGGUUCAAGCAGCUCAGUCAUGUACAGCAACAUACCCGCUUGCAUACGGGAGAACGACCGUACAAGUGCCAUCUACCGGAUUGCGGGCGGGCAUUCAUUCAGCUAUCGAAUUUGCAGCAACACCUUCGAAAUCACGACGCCCAGGUGGAACGGGCGAAGAACCGGCCGUUCCAUUGCAACAUCUGCGGCAAAGGCUUCGCCACAGAAUCCAGCCUUCGUACCCACACGUCGAAGGUCAGUCAUUGUUCCAAGUACCCGUGGCAACGAUUAAAGGAGUUGCAACAGCGUGUUGUGUUCCAGCAACACGCCGCCUUGAUCGGCGGCCCGAACGCAACCAGCUGUCCUGUCUGCCACAAACUCUUUCUCGGUGGCGAAGCUCUUAUGGAGCACAUGAAGCACACCCACAAGGACCCGAAUGCCUCCGGCGUAGCCAUUCCCUCCGCUGACUGCACAACCUCCGUUGUCGGGGUUUACAUAGCGAAGCGACGGACCGCCAACCACCCGUGUCCAGUGUGCGGAAAACACUACGUCAACGAGGGUAGUCUUAGGAAACACCUGGCCUGCCAUCCUGAGACCAGUCAACUAAGCACGAGCCUCAGGAUGUGGCCGUGCUCGGUGUGCCAGGCCGUCUUCACUCACGAGAGCGGUUUGUUGAGUCACAUGGAGCACAUGAGAAUGGACCCGAAGCAUCAGUUCGCGGCGCAAUAUGUUUUAAGUCGCGCCGCCGCCGAGAGGCGGGAGAGAGAGAUCCUGGCAUCCUCGAGUUUAGGUGCGGGAUUGGGUGUGUUGGGAAGUCAAUCGGGCGGACCACAAAAUUUGCAACAACCACCGAUGUGUCCUUCGCCGUCGGCUCACUCGGACAGCAGCAGCGGAAACGGAAGACUAUCGUCGGCCGGUAGUGAACCUGACUUUUGCGUAGGUACCGGUCUACUCAACAACAACAACAAUAACAACAACAAUAAUAUGGCGUCGCCGGGUCCGAGCGGCAACAAGCUGAGCGACAUGCUACGAGCGGGAAGUCAGCCAACAUCCGCGCAACAGUACCACGACGAGAUGCAGUCGCAACAGCAACGCAUGGCAGUAAUGGCCGCCGCCGUGUCAGCGGGUUUGCAAAACUCUGUAUCGCCGAAUUUGUCGCCGGUGGACAUGGCGUCCUUGGCGGCGGCGAUGAGAAUGGGAAACAACGGUGACAUGAGCGGCGGUGCGCAAGGAUCGACGGGACCGCAACAGCAGGGAGUGCAAGCAACCGGACCAGAACAGACGUUGAGAAUGCACCAGGCGGAAGCUUUGUUGCGUUCUCAGGCCGAAGCUGCGCUUAGACUGGCUGUAUCGCAAGCAGCAGCAGCGGCGGCCAGUUCCGCGGUUGGCGGAGACGUGAGACAUCACCUGGGCCAGCACAACGGUGGCAACACCUCUGGCAUGCCUGGACAUCACACGAACCAACAGAUGUCUCAGCAAGACACCUUACCGCCCGACCUUGGGGAAGCGUUGCGAUUACAAGAACAACGACUGGAACAAGCGUUGAGGCUUCACGGUGAUCCUCGAGCCUUGAGUUUCACCAUCCAGCAGGUCGUCAACCAGCAGAACAGUCAGCAACCAUGAAAAUUCAGUUACUACUGAGACGAGUGGACCCCUUGGACGUCGGAGCAGUCGAACCUGCAGCAGCAGCAACAGCAGCAGGCUGAACGCCUCAAUCAGCAAUCCAUUCAAUCAGCCGAUCGUCCAGGAUCUCUGAACGAUCAGCAGCAGCAGCAAGGUUCGUCUGGCAUCGGUCUUCAUUACCAUCAGCAACAGCAGCAGCAGCAGCAGCAGCAGCAACAACAGCAGCAACAGCAGCAGCAUCCUGAAGACCGUGGUGUCAAGAGGAAAGCCGACGACAUGAUCGGUAACUCUGACAACGUGUAAAGAACGACGUACACGGACGAUAAACCGAUCGUAUCGUUGUUUGUCGUCUUCUACGUCGAUUCGAGCACAGGCGUCCAAGUGUGGUCACCCGCGAAAACACUAAUGUCUCAGCAGUACGAAAGAAUGAAUUAAUCAAUCAGAGAGAGGUUCGAAAGGCCUCUCGCCAAUCCUAUUUUCGCUCAUCGUGAAAUUCUUCUCUCUCUCUGAAUGAAUUCAGGGAGAAAGAUCAGAUGUCAUACGUAUCUAGAAAUCCGUUAGACGGUGUGUGACUAAGGCAGCUGUGGCAACGGUCUUUCAGCAACGCCUGAUUUUCUCGCGUUGAUCGUGUUGUUCCUACUUCGGUCCUGGAUCUAGAGUUCCUAGAACGACGAUGCCCGCCGAUCGAGAAUACCUAAAACGGUGUUCUCCGUCGUCCGGGACGUCACCUCGUUUCGUCGAGUCGCUCUUUCAGAAUUCACAGGACGCGUUGUCACGGCCGCUAUCCAAAGUCGCCCCUGAAACGUGCCAUAAUAUUAUCGAAUGAAAAACUGCUAACUGACGCGUUCGUCUCUGGUUCGUCCCUGUUUUCUCCAGGGAUGCUACCGGAGCGCGCAGAGUACUAAGGUUUUUUUAGUACAAGAGCCGAUAACUCGUAGACCAGGAUUCAGCUGAGAGAGAUUGAAUUCAUCUCGGAUCCAGCGAUCGGUCUAAGGCUCAACAAACUAACCUAUAUACAUAUAUACAUACCUAAAGAUCAACUUAAGGUUCCCCCGGUAAUCUUAGCUCCCGUAACGUUUAAGGCAAACAAUACGCGUCUGAUACGUGCGUAAACGCGGUCAGCUGGAUCAGCUUAUCGAACGCGUACCCCUUCCCGUUUACCGGACAAACGCGGAAACUGCAAAACGGACGGUCUGAUCCGCGAUCGAGCGGCACGACGACGACACGGAUCGUCGUUGUCCGUCGACCACGUUAGUGAUACAUGUACACAGAGAACACAAGAAAAAAAAAAACAAACAAAAUUACCCUGUUAUACAAAGAUACACGAAACACGAAAGUUUUCACAAAACAGCUACACUUAUAUAUAUAUAUAUAAAUAUAGAUACACGGACACACACAGAUCUACUCGAGAGAAGAAUAUAAAAUGCGCGCAACAUGUGCUGAUCGGCAGCACGAAAACUAUUAGCUCGUAAGCGAACAAACAAAAUAUAAUUAUUACAAACAGUUAUAUUAUAUAUAUUAUAUAUAUAUAUAUACAUACAGAGAGUCUGGAGUGUAUGAUGAAGAUAAAAAAAAAAAAAAAUGAGAACACGGGACGGUGGCUAGGAAACAGCCCCUCCUUUGUUGUACAUGUGCACAUUUUCAAAGAAUCGUUAGAGUGUGCGAAGCAUUUUUUUUUCGUGAAGAUAAACAAAAAGAAAAGCACGCGAGAGAUGACGAAGAACGUGAAAAAGAAGUUAAAAAAUAAUGAUGAAGAAAGAAAGAGAGAGAGAGAAAUUAAAGAAAACUAAAUGCUAAAUAUUAUAUAUAUUAUAUAUAUAAAUAUUAUAAAUAAUAAAUAUAGGGUCUAUGAGACUAGGAUAAAUUAGGCGAAAAAGAAAUUGAAGCGAACGAGGGUACGCGUGCCCGUGCACCGCUACCAACGAUCCCGAGCCGCGACGAACGUUAGAAUGAAGCAGAAGAGAUGCUGCCAGAACACGAGAGUACACGAUGAAAGACAGAGGAGUGAGAGAACGAUCGAGAGAACGGGAAACAAGAGUACAAGAGUGCACAGGGUGCAAGAUUAUCGUGAAUGAAACAACGAGCUUGGGAUCGUCGCUAACGUGUACGGGCAGGCGGUCGUAUGAAUGCGAAGACGAGCGAAUCUGAAUGCUUCGUGAGCAUCAAGGAUGAGAGAAUGAGAAGAAUGAGAGGAGAGAAUGAGAGAAUUUUAGAGUGGCGUGCUUCAGGUAAUCUGAGGUCCUGUGAUCGUUAUAAGCGAAAUAUUUUUUUAUUUCCGGGUAUAUAUCUGAACGCGUAAAAAUACUUGCGUCGUUUCGAACUUUUACUUGCAAUAUACCGUUACGUUCUCGCAAUACUUAGAAAGAAGAAGAAGAAGAAGAAGACGAAGAAAGGAGAAGCAGAACAGAGAGGUGGAUCGAUUUAAAAAGAACAACAAAAAAAAAAAUAUACGAAGAUGAAGAUGACGAGGGAGAGGAGAAGAAGAAGAAUAUAGAAAGUCCGUAGGUUUGAUCGUGGAGCGAACUUUACAAAACUCGGGCCAACCCCUUCACCCCCUGAAUACCGUACCCCUUUGUGAUACCCCAUCAAUCUCGACCCCGAUUCCCCUUUUUCCAAUCUUUUACAAAACUCAUGGACUGUCCGUACUUUCGAUGGGGUUUCUUUCGACCGGACCAGACGAGAUGAAACGAAACGUUGACCGUUGCCCGCCUGCUAUACUCUUGGAACUUGAAUCGCGGUUAAAAAAUGAAAAAUUCCAAAAAGCGGAGCCGGUCCAAAGGGUAAAAUUGAUCAAAAGUAUAUAAAGGAAAAAAAAAGGUCGUUUCACAAGAAAAAUUACCUACGACACGUUCGAUUUCUUCGUUUCUUCGACUGGCAAUCGCGGACUGAAGUGUGCGGAAUUGAAUGGUAGCGUGCCGAAUUUUUUCUUCCCCGUGACAAAUCGAACGUCGACCGCGUUGUUGUUGUUGUUGUUGUUAUUCCAAACUUUGGAGAUUCUCGACGGAUUCCUUUGACUGUUUUACGUUUCAUUGUUCCUGGUAUCUUUCACACCGUUCCGUUCCUUUCAACAAUUUUCCUCAUUCUGUCCCGAGGUAAUAAACAAAAAAAGAAACCUAGAAAGAGGUAAACGUUUCGGUGAAAAGAAAUAAUUUCAUGAAAAAUUAUCGAGUAAAUGGAAAUCCAUAGAUUCUGAAUUGUAUCCUCUCCGUUCCUCUUCAGGGGAUGCCUUUAAUUCAACCCCUUUGUUCGCCACUUACGAAAGUAGCCUAACGUCGUCAUCUUCGUUGAACGUAAAAAAGAGACACGCGCCGAGAAGCCGCCGGAUAGCCAGGCUUUUUUCACCAUCUGGGACGAGAGAAGGAAAGAUUGCUAAAAAGAUUCAUCGUCAAAGCUACAUUUAACGAUUGCACUCGCCUCGCGACUGGAACUCGUAGGACAUUCUCACCUGAAAAUGACGCUUUCAAUUACCUUCGAAAUCGAUUAAAAGCAAUUUCAAUUUCGCAUCGAAACGUUGGACAGAGGAAAUUUAUUGGGAAAAAUUUGAAAGAAUUUGGAAAAAUCGGAGCACCUCGAGUUCCGAGUACCGUGCACGCGAGUCGAUCAUUGGUCGUUCUUAUUAUAACAGUUUUUGCGUUACAGGGCGUUUUUUCCUCGGAUUAAGUAGUAUGUAAAUACACCUUGAUAUCACAAGCAUAAACUGAGAAUUUACUGGUAAACUUAAAUCAAGUACAUAAUGCGAAAUAGGGUUAGUUUCUAUGUAAAUACCUAAAGCUGGACGAGUGCAUACACCUCGUUCAUGCAACCAACGAUAAUCGUUUUUAUCGAAUCAAUGCUUCUGUUCGUCGUCGGUGCACGCCUGAUCGUUCGACGAUCGCUCUUGACGAUUUAACGCCAUAGCAUUCACCGAAACGGGCGUGUUGCCGAUCGGGAAAUUUUUUUUUCUCGACACCGGUACACCUAUACACACCUACACGGACACGCUCACAAACACACACACACACACACACAGCAUUGCGAUGGAUUGUACAGCUACGAUAGGAUAGAUAAGUAAGCCUAAAGAAAAAAAAGAAAAACACACAAAUUCUUCACACACUCGCACCACCGGCACCGACCAGCCUCCAAAUUAAGACAGGGACCAAACGUUUGGCGAACACAAUUUCCCGAGAUAUUUCAGGAGGUAUUCGUAGGAGAACGCGACAACAGUUUCUUCUGGAGAUAAUCACGUUUCCGGCGCGAACACGAUUCGUUUGUUUCGGCAAAGGUGCAAAGAUUUCUUCGAUAUAGGGGAAGGUGCUUCGAAUGAGAGAGCGAAUGAGCGAGUAUCUGUGAGAUUAGGCAACGAUUAGGGGUGUAAUUCCUAAAAAGAUUAGAUAUUGAAAAGAAUCGAAAAUGCAAUUGAAAACCAAAGAAUAAAAUUAAAUCAAGGAUGGCAAAGAAUCAUCGCUGGAUUAUAAAAAAAAGAAAGUCAUCUUUCCAAAACAAACGAAGAGACAAAAGAGAUUUUUCUACGGUCCCUCGACAAAACAUACAAUCGAGCAACAAAAGGAAAAAAAAAUCAAUUAUACAAAAAGAAAAAAAUAACAAUGGUGCACGAAAGUAGGAGCGGAGGAGAUGAUACGAAGAGAUUUAAAAAAGCAACAGCAUCACCACUUUUUCACCAUCACUUAUCGCCAUUAUUCAGCUAAUGUUUAAACAAAAAAUCAAAAAACAAAAAACAAAAAUUUAACAACAACAACAAUUAUACAAUAAACACAAAACCACCACCAGCACAACGUCGAGAUCCUUCAUGACGGUGAUGAGAACUGCAUGCAACACGACGGUCAUGAAACGAUUCCGAGACGACAGCUUUUCACCGGUGCAUCCUGCCGUGCGCCGAGGGUUGCUUUUUUAUUCGGAACGAAGUUCAAGACGAAAAAAGGAACGUAAGGAUGAUGGUAAAAACGGUUCAGAAUCGGUAGAAGUACGGGGCAGCCGACUAAAACUCCCCCCGCAACAACCUCAACAUCCCCGCGCGAAACGAAGGAAUGUUCAUUCCCGAGGCGCCGGCCCAUGCCCCGCGAACGUGUACCAUAAUUAUUAAAAAUUAAACAAAACACACAGCAAGUUACAAUAGCUCUAGUAGUGUAUGUUCUGUAAUCAAAGAAUGAUAAGCGAAGAUAACGAAUUAAAAUAAAAUAAAUAAAAUAAAAAAAAAUGGCGUGCUCGCCGUCGCAGGCGUGCCGGCAGAAAAAAAAGCACAAAAAAAUAAUUUACAAAUAUAUUGAUUUACAUAUGCCCGUAACUCGUAAGCGGGCCGGUGGCGCAGAGACGUCUACCUUCGACGGAUUUUCACCGAGCUUACCCACUGUCGACGAGUUAGAAACGCAACAUCGGGACCUAGCAAAAGGACAGAGUAAACUGUGUAAAACGAAGAAAGCGAGUCCCGAAUGAAAUUCGGAAGAAUUCAUGCGACCACCCACCGACUCGGGGAAAAAAGAGAAACCGAACAACACCCUCGUCGUGGUCGUCCAAGUGAUUCAACUCCUCAAGAACGAUGGACGAUCGAAAGGGAUGAUCGAUCGCCGCGAUGAAACAAAGAUUAACGACGCGACCGAGGUAAACGAGUACGGCGGCAGGAAACUAAACCGCGACAGGAAAAGCGACGGAAAUGUUGAGAGGAAAAUCUAUCGGCCGAGGGAAGCGCGCGUUCUGCAAAACUAGCCCGAAACCAUAAUCUUAAUCUCUUUCAUGUAAAUUUGCUAAAUGUUUAAAUAAUCUAAAAAAUGCCAUAGCCCGGAUGCGCUGGUGUAUACUCCCAGUGCAUACACACUCACAAAUACGACUCGACCUCACGAAUUAAACGCAAAAAAGAAAACCGUGUCACCGAUUCUUCGGAUAAAACGGUGCCACGGUAGAAUUGGUAUUCUCGCCAAGGAGCAAACAGUUCACAAGAACAGAAAUCACAGACAAUCACACACAGAAGAAGACAAAAUGACCGAGAAAUCGCGUGGAUUCUCUUGGUGACGAGCGAAAAGAGAUACGAGAAAUCGUCACGGCAGACUCGCGAUCUCGGUAUCGAUACACAAUCGAAUCAAAGUUGCCCUGGUUCUCGAGCGUGCAACCCCGCGCGCUCAAACACUCACCAUACACAAGGUGCACUCGUCGCAUCGUCGACGAUUGUAUCCUACACUCUUGCGCGAAUCGCAUGCACGCACACUUACACGCGUACACAUAAUGUACACUCGAUUACACUUAAUUACACUUAAUUACACACGCUACGGAUAUGUAAAGCCAAUUGAUUUUGUAAAUUGUCCAUGAGAAAGAAAAUGAACAAGAAAUUAACAGCGGACUUUCAAAAAACCAUGAAAAAAUACGAUUCGGCCUCACACGGUACUUUUUCAUCAUAUAUUAAUAUAACAUAUACAUUGCGGAAAAUAAUGAAAACGUUUACUACCGAUUCGUUUGAAAAGAUCCGCGCGUGGAUCGUAACCGAUUCGUUCUCGCUUUUCAAGCGGAGAGGAAUCGUUUCGAGCGGCAGUGAACGAGGAUUAUUACGGUCAAAAUGAAAUGCAAUUGAUUUCAAAAAGCAUGUUAAAGUAAAUAGAAAAACACGAAGCAAAAUUCGCGGCCUUUGGCAUACGUUUGGAUGCAGAACCGAUGAUGAAACGGCGUUCGCGUCUCGACGCGGUCGUCAACCAUGCAUCCCGGACUUGACGCCAAUAUACCCGAACACGACGCGACAUUGUCCUCUUUAUCGAGGAAUGUCGAAAAUACCGUGGGGACCAGGCUAAACGAGGUGAACAGCUCGAUACGAACAACAACGAAACGAUGCAAAAGAAACGUUCAAAGAUGAUGAACGUUGCUAAAAGGAUAACGCUGGUCCCUCGAUCGUUAAACGAACACGAGAAAAGCCUGUGUCCCUUGCGAUGAAACCAACUGAAAUAAAAACCAUUCUAUAGCAAAAGUAGCAGCGGCAUUAGAAGGAAGAGCCGUUGUUCAAAUUCGCGGCUUUACAAGCAAAAACCGUUGAUUUGUUUUCGAUCGGGUUUUAAUUUUUUAAUGAAAUAAUCUCACAACGAAUAUACCACGUACGAUCGUACGGCUGCGGUUCGUUCCGUGAUACGGAGGACCCAGCUUCCAGACGUAUGUGUAUAUUCGUGAACAGUGUGUAUCGUAAGUGCGCAGCAUAUGAUAAAACCGACAGUCUAGCAGUGCGAGCGCCUCGGCGGCAUUCGCGUUUUCACGCGGUGUCUCUGACCGAGCCUCCGUGAUUAAAAACCGGAAUAAGUUGUUUCAAUGUCCACUAUAUAAAUGAAGAGGCAUAGCUGGUAAGACGGAGGGUUCGCGUUCGCCGUUCACGAAUCGUUCGACGUUCGUUCGUCCCGCUUCGUUCGGACGAACCAAGUGACGCGUUUUUGACGAUCGAAGCGUAAUCGAGAGAUCGCUUCGUUCGAGACGUACAAUGGAUUAAUACUCAGUACAAAAUGGAGGCUGUUGCGAUAACAUCCCCGGAGUUCUAAGGACCAAACCCGUUACCUUCUUUUUUUUCUUUUUUUUUCGCGAGCUUAAUCGACGAACCCUUUGGAAUAUCAAAUUGAACAAACGUAUUCGUCCGAUCUUAUUUGGCUAAAGUUGAUCAAGUUCGGUUUCAAAUUACAAAAUAAAAUGAAAAUUUCCUGAAAAUUUCUGUCGAUCGUCUUGAUGAUCUUCAGGCACUUUGGCAAAGUAGAGAACACUAAACUGGCUACAAAAGGAAAGACGAGAAGACGAAAUCUCUUCCUAGGAAACUCGAGCAGAGUAGUAACGUGCCGUGAAUAUGAUCGAUCGAGACGACAAUCGAUAAAGCGAUCGUCGGCGACGAACGUGCGAACCCACCGUGCUCAGGCUCGUCGUUGAAAUUCCUCGGAUCGUCGUGAUCCGAUGAAUUUCCCGACGAGCCGAUACUCUUUUCAAAAUAUUCUUCAAAUUUUCGUUCACGGGAAUGUGUUUUCUUUACCCUGGAUCCAAUCGAAACCCCCCGUAUGCGCGUUCGAGCUGAAUCACCGAGUCCAACAAUUUUCUAUUGGCAUUAUAGAAUAAGAAAAACGAAUAGGAAUCAGUUUUAUCCGAAAAUAAGAAACGAUCUAUAACAAGUUGAAAAGAAAGAAAUUUUAACGAGUUACAGAUUAAAGUACAACCAGAUUCAACGUUAAUGAUGGUAAAAAAAAAAAUUGAAACAAUAAUAUCAAAAUAUGAGAUAAUCAAAAUCCGUUUAGUGGGUGCCUUCGUCAGGGUUUUAUGUUACAGUUAAACAAACGUUCUCAAGUAUAACUCACAAGUAGUAGUACUAUGGUAGAGCAGUUAUUACAGUGUACCACAAUAAACAAUUAACUAAGUAAGUAUACAGGAAACACGUGGUCUUUUUCAGUGUUUACAGUCUCGUCGUACACCACCGCCAAUCGCGUAGUGGAACGACCGGAAAUACCGGAUUCAUUUCGUACGCAAUUUCCUUCACCCCCGAUGAAACAUCUCCCUUGACCCGAUUAUCAAAAUUCAAUCCUCGAUUAACGUUCAAAAUUCGUCCGGCUCUCAAGAAACGGCGGUCUGUACUAAACGAGAAAAAGAUCGUUCGAAGCAUACAAAAUUCUCUUUGAGAAUGAAAGAAAAGGAAAACGGAGCAUAGAAAUAAAAAAAAAAAAGAAGAAAACUUCCAAUUUCCCACCCGCCCGAUCCGACCGCCGUUUUCCUCCCCGCCCCCGACUUCCCGUUUCUUCCCAAUGUCCAAUCAGUAUUUAACGGAAUAAAUAUGCUAAUAAGUGUACUAAGUGUUUGUAGUUUAGGCAACGUGUACGUUGUAUACUCCGAAUAGGUUGAGAGAGAUAGGUACCAAGAGUGCGAGAGCGAGAGCGCGAGAGGGAGACGAUUGUACGGUGGAGUCACACAUAUUUAAACUAACAGAUAAUAAUUAAUUAAUUACAGUACCGUAACCAUUUGUCAAGUCAAGUUAAUUAACAGGUAACCGUAACGCAUACACGCAUAAUUAUUAAUUAAACGUACUCGACUCUAUAUUCUAAGGACAGGAAGCGAUCGCACCCACAGCGUCGCGUUUAUUCGAUAAAUCGCGAAGGCACUUACUACGGGGAAAGGGAAGUUAAAGGGCUACGGUGCUCGGACACGGAUCGGAGGGUGCUUGAACGUACGUCGAGUCGCGGUUAGAGGUGGUGAAAUCGAUGAUUGUUGAAAAUCUCCAGGCUACGUAUAGAAACAUCUUCGAAGGACAGCGAAACGACGAACGUUCAAGUUUCCCCAGUUUUUCAUUAGUCUUUCAAGUGCAGCGUUCAGUUACUUCACUUAUAACGUUGCUUUCAACACAAUACAAAACACCCCGCCACCCAUCCCUACAGAUCAACCCAUUCACCGUAUCCUCAAUCCACUGGUAAUCCUCUCAGAACCCAUCACACCCAGUUUCACGUGUACGCAUUGUUUCAAAUUCGUUCGCGAACUUUCAAUUAUGGGUUUCGUGCCUCGUCAAUCAUUCUCCCGAUCGUUCACCUGGCCUUUAUUUUCGGAUCGAAGAAAAAUCAGCCGUUCGAUUUACACGAGAACGAAUCACGUGAAAAAUAAUUUUUGAGAUUUGAAAAAUCAAGUGAUCGUUCGAUGAAAUUUCGUAGAAACGGGAGGCGAUUGACGUGGAGCAUUGAAAACAGGCAAAAAGAAAAAAACGAGUUGAGUUUCAAUUUCAGAACGUUUACGUACGGUUAGUUAUCGAGUAACACAAACGCAAAUUAUCGUUAAUUUUUGGCGCCCGUUUUCGUCGCGUUUCUAUCGUCUCCGAUGAGGAUGAAACAAUCAAAACGUUAUAGAAGAAACUGCGAAGCAAUUGGUGGCAAAACGGCAGUCUGGCACGAUGCGACGAAAAUGUGCGUGCAGGUUUAAUGGUAUCGAUUGAGUUUGGUCGAAGUCCCCUUUUGGGCAAAUUAUAUAUCGACGCACUUCCGGUCCCGCGGGCCUGUCCAAAUUCAGAUCGAAAUACGAGCCUCCUUUCGUCCUGAUCUUCCAUUCGAAAUUCAAUUCUAGUCAAAAAAGGGUACAAAGCCGAGGCGAGUUGUCAUCGUACGGCAAAAUCGGUACUUAUAUUUAUCGCGAAACGAACGAUUCGAUCGUUGGGAAAUCGAUUGAUAUCGAUCGACACGAAGGGUGGGAAAAGAAAAACUAGAAAGACUAACGUGUCGAUCGAAAUUGGCGUAGAGGGGAAAAAAAGAAGUAAAACGAGGACGAAUUCUGAGAGAAAAAUGGGUCAGCGGGAUCGUACACGAAAAAAAAAAAUAAUAAUAAUAUCCGCGUUGUUGACAAAAGCAAGUAGCCUCUUUUCGUUAUAAACAAAAGUCGGCCAAAGUCCGAUCGAUCCUUGUAUAAGCAAAAACGACACUCUUUCAAAAAUCGUAAAAAAAUGGAUGUACGGUGCGAAUGAAUCUUUCGAAAGCUUCGAUGAUAAAUUGUUAUUGUUCUUUCGUGUUUUCAUUUUUGUAUUUUGUAAAAUGCCUGCCCAUUCACGCUUUCUAGCGAGGGCACUCUAACUGGAUCCUUGUUCGCGUUUCGUUUAAUAAAACAUAUCGUUCGAUCCAACAUUCUCUUUUUCGAACAGAUCGAAUUAAAAAUCAAAGGAAGAAACGCGACACGAGGAUCCGUUAAAGGUCCGAGCAUUUAGAUACUGCGAUUAAUCCACUACCUAUUAUUAUUAUCAAUAUUAUUACUGCUAUUAUUAUUAUCAUUAUUGCUAUUAUUAUCGCUAUUAGCUAAUAACGACUAGUUAAUUAUACCAGAAAAUUGCUAAGAGGGCAAUUGGAGGCGUAUUUUUUAGAGAGAACCGAGAGGAAGAGCAAGGUACAAGUUCGCUCGAAUCAUCCAGGCCAUAUGUUUAGAAUUAUCAAACGAUCGUUUGUGAUCUUUCAAACAGCGAAUCGACGAAAAAAAAAACAAAAUCGGUAGUAAAAGGAUAGUAGCCACGUUUCGAGAUUCUCCUUUUUUUCUGUUUAGUUUUUUUUCCUCUAUUAUCCUUUUUUUGUAAGAACAUAGCGCAUAUAGAUUUAUAUAUAUAUAUAUAUAUAUAAAGAGAGAGAGAGUUAUACUCGUUAAAUAUUAUAUUUUAUUUGUAUACUUAUUUAUACACGAGCGAAGCCGGUACGUAAAAGUUGUAAGUAGAAGGAGCGCGUUUCAAAAUGAUCGCCAAGUUCUCUAAUCUCGUUUUUUUUUUACAUUGGCACGGAAUGAAAAUGAUGUUAUCGAGAAGAUUUCAUUUCUACGUGGCCCCUUUAUUUUGUGUUCGAUGUCUUCCCUUUAAUUUUAAUUAUAAUCUUACGCGUAGUAUCGCGCACGACUGACAGUUAUACGUACGUCACUGACACUCGUGUCGUUUGUUAAGCUUUAUACUCCUUACGUUAUCGUAGAUACACGAAAAAAUCCUCGCCUUUCUCAUUUCAUUUCUUUUCUUUUAUUUUGUCAUUGAAAAGUCGCGCGCGCUUUAGUUGAUCGAGGAGUUUAACAAAAAUAUAUAUUCGCGUUAUACGUUCCUCUUUGUCUCUUUUAUGUAUACCAUACAUUGUAUGUACAUCCUCGUUCGAGUUCGAAGAGUAUCGCGGAGAAGAAAAGAAACCCCCUUAGUUUUCUAUUUCGUCACUUUCAAAAUGAACGACUCGCUGCUCUUGGAUCUAAAAGAAAAGAAAAAUAUUCUCCCGUGUUACUCUUCAAUCCCACUUCGCUACGUUUUUAUUCACCGUUCGUCGCGUCGCGAAUGAGAGUUCCUACUUCGAGAGCUAAGAAAUUGAAGGUAAAACGAAAAGAAAAUUGAUAAACUUUCGUGAGAUUCAGGACAAACGAAAUUGUUUAGAGUUUUAUAGGUAGAAACGGGUCGUUCGGUGAAUAGAAACACCGCGUCGAGUUAUGUUUGCUAGUCAGAAUUGGUUAAAACGAAGGAUGAAGCAACAAUCUAGGAAGUUUACGAUUAGUUACUGCCUAUUAAAUUAAUUAAUUUUGUUUAAUCGUUUUUAUCGUCUAACUAGUGGUUUAAUGACACGGCUCCGAUAAACAUCGAGCCAUACGCGUCCUUAAGUAAGAACGGAUAGAAACGUACACGCGUACUCGCGUAACACGUGUAUACAAAACUACGGUUCUUUAGUUACUAUUCGCGUAGAAAUGUCGCGCCGAAUCGCCGGUCUUAACGAAAAUUUCUCACCAUUAUUAUUUUGCAAGCGUCGAGUUGUAAACGUCUCGAACGCAGUAUCGUUUCGUUCAAAUUUCUAUUCCGAACAAACAUAUGAUUUUCAUUCUAACGUUUAUCCGGCUCGCGACCGGUGUACUGCUACUAUUAUUACUACCGUCUGUCGCCAGGAGACACCGUUAGUUUAUCACUUUUUAUUACCUUUAAUCUUCGUACUAUUAGUUACGCUACUAUUACUAUUACGAUUAGUUACUAUUAAUUAAUUGCCAUCGUUAUGAUAUCAUCACUCUGUCAUUGCACAUCGGAAACAUCGUCGUGAUUCGCGUUAUUUUUCACACGUCCAGUUUUGUUCUCACGGCAGUCUAGCCAUCUUAAACCCUUUUUUUUUUUGUUUUAUCGUUAGAUUAAUUUGUCUCAUCAAUGUGGUUCCUUGACGCCGUGGUUCGCUAUCGACGGCCAAACUAAAGCAUCCCUCCACGGAGGGAUUGCGUCGCGAUUAACAAAUCUCUGAAAUACGCUGACGAUUGUCACACGAAAUUUAGGACACGUGCAUUUAUUAAAUAUUAUCGUUACCUAUUGUUCCGUUGACGAACCGUUGCAAGUGUACAUUCAAUCGGUACAUCUUUUCGAAUUUCCAACAAAUCGGGAGGAGUUUUAUGUUCGACCGAAGGAUCACACUUUCAACGGUACCUCAAUCUUAUCAGUUGUCGCUAUUAAUUAUCAUUAGUUAGUGCUAUUGCUAUUAUUACCACUAUUAUUAGUUAUCGCCAUCGAUUCUUGAUGCGAGCCUACUAUCGAUCGGCGAGCAAGGUAACCGUUUCGAUCGCUUCUCGUCUCUUUUUUCGUGAAAACGAAUCACUAUCUUAUCGCAAAUUAUAAUUGACGAUUAACACCGAUGGUCAAUCAAUCAAACGAACGAUAUAUAUAUAAAUAUAUCAAAUACGGAUAGUCCAAGAGACGAGAAGAGCGUGCGAUUAAAAAUAUAUUUCGAAGAAAGGUUAACAUCCGGAAUGCGAUAACGAGCUGAAGAUACAAAAUUUCUAUAUAAUCCACGAUCACGUCGUCGAACACGAGUAUCGUCGAAAAGACGUUCCUUUCGACGACGUCGUCCUGGUAAACGAAUACACUUUCGAAGAAGCCGUAUCCACAAGAAUCCUCGAAGCGCCGCGUACGUAGUGAGCAGCGUUUAAAAUUUCGAUUUUCGGAAAUGGUCGACGCAGAUAAAAAAAAUAAAUGAUAAAAAAAAAAAUAAAAUAAAAUGGGAAAAACAAGCUGGGAAACAAUCCUGAAAAGAAGCAAUGUGAGAAAUAUAAAUAUAUAUAGAGCGAGAAAUAGAGAGAUAGCGAGAGAAAAAUAUAACGAAACGAUAAUUCAGCAGUCUCUUUCGGUUACGAGCAAGUUCCGCAUUGUGUAGGAUUUCUCAUUAAAUGGUUCUAUGUAUGAUGAUAUACAUGUGAUGCAAUAUCUAGGAGAAAGAGCAACGUUUUCGAUGAUUGCGAGAAACGAUGAAAUGAACAAUCUAAAGAAUUUUAGAAAUCGCGAGAGCCUUUUUUGCGUAAGUCUAUUCAAAAUACAACAACAGUUUAGGAUCUAACAACAAAGGCGUUUUUUUAUUCUUUUCAUCAUCGUUACGUUCGUCAACGAGUGCUUCCGUGCGACGGAACCACUUCCGGGCACACGCGGAAGAACAAAUCGAAAUUUUCAAACUCUUACCGUGCCACCAGCGUCAACCCUUUGCGACCAUGGUGGGCAGUGUUCGAUGCGAUUAACUACUUUUGGUAUCGGAAAUUAGGGAGAACAAAGUUGAAACGAUUGAAUAACGUGUAUACCGGGAAAAGGAAAUGUUCUUGGAGAAGCUUUUCCCUCGAAUCACGCUUCUCAUAGCAUUUUUUUCGUCGCGAGAAGGUUGCGAUUGUUUCGUCGGAAAAGCUUGUUCAAAAUUUUGUAAUGAAAAUUUCUUCCAACUAUCGUUUGUACUCCAAGGGAGCUCUGUUUCGUCGGAGCGUCUGCCCUAAACACGAUUAUAUCCAGAUAAUAUUUCACGAUCGCCGCUCGAAAGCACGCGAAAACGCUUAAAUUUAAUCUUCCGGUUGUUCGAGCGACCAGCAACGCAGGCCACUUUGAAACAGGGCUACCGAAUCUUAAUUAGACAUAUCAAAACGAUAUAAAUUAUUUUCAACAGUCUAGAAGUAAGAGAACGUAUAUCCUUUGAAAAAGGACAGCGCAAGCAGUGUUUCAGAUACUUGCAAGUAGAUACCAUUGAACACUGCAAAAUCAAAUGUUUUGCAAAUAAUAGUGUAAUCGCGAAAGGAAGAAAAAAGCAACCAUAUGUUAUGUAUGAAAAGUGUUUCGGGCUUCCUGUAAAAAGCGUACCGGUUCGUUUCAACGAAAGUUCCUCGAGACAGGGUCGGUUUCGUGUGAAAAAAAAUCCCCGUUUCUGGAAAUCAAAGUCGCGAAACCGAUCGUCCAAACGAAACGCGGAACGAAAUUCUUUCCGCGCGGAGAAACACGUCCCGAUCACAAAACUAAAAUAAAGAAAAUUGUAGUUUAGCGAAGUCUUGAAGCUUUUGUUUGGACGAGUUUGUACGCGAGCCGAGUCAGAAUUAAAGCCGUUCGAGUUGUCGAAGAAGAAACUUGACAAAAUGCAAUCGAACGACUGUAAAUAUACUAUAACGUGAGGUAGAGUAGAAAAUUAAGCGCGUAUUUCCGGUGAAAAUUUUGUUCUGGUUGCGAGCGCCGUUGGAAGCUCGUCGAUUCUGGAAGCACGCGAUUGGCCAGCCGAAAAUUUCAUGUCUUUUCGAUGUUAAAGGCAAAAAAAGGCUGAUGUAUCGCGACAGCGAUUAUCGCUAAAAUUUUGAAUGAAAGGUGUACGAUCCGAGUGUGUUGAAUAUUAAAAUUACGAGAAAAUGUGAAAAUGUGAUACGUGCGAAGCGUGCAGAUAUAUCGAGCAAAUGGAAGAGAAAGAAUGAAAAACGGAACGUGUGAUAAUUUGGUAUAAAUCGAAUGAAAGAGUGAAAGAGAGGGAGAAAGAGUAAGGAAGUUAAAGAGAAAACGAGCACGAAUGAGAGCGUGUGAAAAACUAAACAAAAUUUUACUACCAAGUGGACUAGAAUCGCAACCGAUGGGCAUUAUUAAGCGAAAAUAAAAUUUUCGGAGCGUUUUUUCGACAAAGAAAAGCGUCCAAAAUUGUACCUAUUUUCAUUUUAUAAAUUAUAUAUAUAUAUGUAUAUGUAUAUGUAUAUGUAUAUGUAUAGAUAUACGACGACCUAAACGAUCAUUAUUGUGAAGAUGUAACGCGAGAGAAAGAAAGAAAGGGCGGGAGAAGUUGAAGAGAGAUGAUGAUGAAGAAGAAAAAAAAAAUUAUUGUAUCUAUAUUCGGAGGUGAUCGAUGAUGUAUUCGAGUCGUGAUUAUUAUGAUUAUUAUUAUUAUUAUAUAUUAUGAUUAUUGUGUAUAGUUAAGGCGAAAAUGGAAUUUUAGACGAAAUUAUCGAACUCGAAGUAUAUAGGGAGCGCGAAUAGUGAGAGAAAGAGAGAGAAAGCGAGAGAAAGAGAGAGAAUGAAAGAGUUGCGAGAAAAAAUUUUUUUUCUACGGUGAUUGCACACUGUAAUUGUCGGCAGGUAACAAAAGUCCCCCUCCCCUCGAGCGAAAAUGAGCAAAAAGAUAAUGAAACAAAACGAUAAUUUUUCGGCCAUUGGAAAGGAAGGAAAAAAAAAAGAACAGAGGAAGAAAAGUAGAGAGCACAUGCGACGAAAAAAAUCAAACAAACAUCCGUUUCGACACAAACGCAUAAUAGAAGCAACAAUAGCAGGCAAUAGAGUUUGGGUUCACUGGAAUGAUUUCUUUGUUUCCGAUACACAUAGAGAAUUUUCGUAAAUGCAAAAGACAAACGACUCAGAUCCUUGGUUUCUUUUCGUACGACCAUCAAAAGCAGAGAACAAAAUAAAAAUAACAAAAUAGCCGAUGAUACAAACGAAUGUUAUAUAAUAUAUCUAUAUAUAAAGAUAUACAUAUAUGUAUGUAUGUACGCACGCAUACGUACAUCAAAUGCAAAAACGCGAACGCGUACGCGAUGUGCUUCCUCGUUCGUGACAAUGUCGCCCGAUCAAACUUCCAUUUCCGACGAAAUCCCAAAUGCUCGUUAAGAAACAUCCCCCGGUUUUCAUUUCAACCUUUUUUCCCUCAACCAGAAGUGGAACCACUGAACAAAAACGAUUCGAAACCGCGAAAGGGCGCAUUGUCGCGUUCCAGGACGAGCAGAGGAGGAGAGGCGACGGAGACGAAAAAGAAAAGAAAUAAAAAAAAAGAAUAAAUAGCUCGGGCAGUGAGAGAUAAAGAACGGAA